AUGGGUAAAAAAAGUACAGAAGAAGUACUUAAAUAUUUACAUUCGUUAGGUUAUAAAGGUAUAGAAGAUGCAAUAGAUAAUGCCGUAAAAGAAGGUCAACUUAAAAUAUUAAAAUAUUUACAUUCGUUAGGUUAUAGAGGACCUAAUGAUUUAAUUAAUAUUGCUGUAAAAGAAGGUCAACUUGAAAUAUUAAAAUAUUUACAUUCGUUAGGUUAUGAAGGUAUAGAAGAUACAAUAGAUGAUGCUGCUGAAGAAGGUCAACUUGAAAUAUUAAAAUAUUUACAUUCGUUAGGUACAGAAUAUAAUGUAUAUUAUGCUGUUGAAAGUGGAAAUCUUGAAAUUAUUAAAUAUUUACAUGAAUUAGGGUAUAAAGGAAAUGAAUAUGCAUUUAAUUGUGCAGUAAAUAACCAGAUUUCACAUGAAUUAGGGCAUAAAGGUACAGGUAGCUACCUUGAAAUAAUUAAAUAUUUACAUGAAUUAGGGUAUAAAGGUUCAGAAUGGGCAUUUAAUUUAGCUGUGAGAAAUAAAUAUAUUAAUACUUUUGAUACACGUAGUGACUAUUAA